UUCUUUCAGAAUCAAUUUUCCACUCAAGAAAACAAAUAAAUUGCCCCCUCUGUACAGGGAACAUAUUCCCGACGGCUUGAGUGAAAUAAUUUGCGGUUCUCAUUCAGUAUAUGGUCCCCCAGCCCACAUAAUAAUACCCUUUCUCUCCCUUCCUCCCAAUAUCCCAAAAGAAUCCAAUUCCACAACUUUGAUCAAAAUCUCUCAGGAAACCCCCAUGGGAGAUUACAGAUCAAAGCCAUAUGGUGAUGACAAGCUGCAGAUAGAGAGCUACCAUGGGUACAAACCCAGUUCAAACCCCAAUCAUUUCAGGUCUCAAACCUUUUCAUAUGGUUCUUCCUAUGCUUAUGGACCACCAGAACAAAAGGAGAGCUCCUAUGGAAACAAACUCAGUUCAAACCCUAAUCAUUUCAGGUCUCAAAGUGUUGCAUAUGAUUUUUCUUAUGCUUAUGGACCAACAGAACAAAAGGAGAGUUCCUAUGGGUACAAACCCCACAAUCAUUCCAGGUCUCAGAGUGUUUCAUAUGACUCUUCUUAUGCUUAUGGACCCCCACAACCGAACCAGAUUGUACCCGUGAAGGAUUUGAAGCUGAAGAAGGCGAAAAGCACGAGUGCGUCCGGUUCGAAAUCUUGGGGUUUGGGUGACCCUGAGUUCCAGAGGAAGAAGAGGGUUGCUAGCUAUAAGGUGUACUCUGUUGAAGGGAAGGUCAAAGGGUCCCUGAGGAAGAGCUUCAGGUGGAUUAAGAAUAGGUAUACCCAGGUGGUCAAUGGGUUGUGGUGAUGAGUGUGUGAUUUUUCCAUUAAUGCUUCAGCUUUUCAUGUUUUGUGCUUGACUGAUUGGGCACUGUUUGAUAAAAUUGGGAUUUCUUGUAAACUGGUUUUGUUGUCAAAAUCCAUGGUGUGUUUGUCCAAGAAA